AUGGUGGCAGCAAAAAAUCAACCACCUGUAACACCAUCCUCUUCCAAAACACCUUCAAGACCUCCCUCUUCUUCCGAGACACCCUCAAGACUUCCAGAAUCUUCCAAAACACCAGUGAGACCUCCCGCAUCAGGAAGGCAAAGCCGUGAACAACAGGGCAUCAGCCAUGAAGAAGAUUGCGCUACUGAUGAUGAUUCUUUGCCUGAAGAUGUUCUCCCUACUCAAACCCAACACAGCGCCCCUUCUGAUAAUCUCAAGCAUAGUUAA